AUGAAGGGAAUUGUGGAGAAGAAGAGUCCCAACGGCACAGGCGAAUCAAGGAAUAUUACCGAGACUAAAAGGAGAGACACAUCUAGAUACAUCCCUCGAGAAGCCAGCCUUCAUCUGAUAGAUCUCCCCUUGGGUAUUAUCAACCUCAUUGCAGAUAAUCUGCCACCAAGCUCAAUUGUUCUCCUUGGACUCACCUGUCAUAUAUUCUAUUCCCUCUUCUCUGAACAGAUUUCCGAGACUUCCCUCAAAGUCCCAAUUUGGAGUCUACCCACAGACUCCAAGCGAUCUGACGCCUCCGAAAUGGAUCGUGAAUUCCAACUCCACAAUGUUUUAAAAGAUUGGAGUGGAUUAGCCGGGUACAAGUACUACAGCACAGCUGAUCUGUAUAGACUACAGAAUCCUUCUCCAUUAGCAAAACAAAUGAAAUGGAUGGACGAUGACAUUUUCUCUGUAAUCCGCGCUGCAAUGAGUGUUAUGACCAUGGUCAAAGAUUCAAAACGUCUCAAAGAAGAGGUUGAAUUUGGCGCAUUAACGAAGAGACAGAGAAAUUUUCGAAACUCUAUGAAAUUAGCUGGUGGUCUGUUCUUCACAUGUCCUCAACCUGGUGGCAAGAAGAAAUAUUCUUGGCACAAAUUAUCAGAGGAUGAACGCCUCGAAAUCACGGAUUUGAUGCAACUGUGGGCGCCUCGUGUGGAUUCGUUGAGGUAUGAGUUCAAUUUGCACAGACGACUCCGUUGGUCACAAUAUAUGAUGACUAGUUAUGCUGAAUGGAGGGAAUUGGUAGGAUUUUGA